AUGCAGUUUCAAGGAUCAAUAUACCGAUGUUGUCUGUUGUUAUUCAUCGGAAUCAACUUAUGUAUUGCCUCCGGAUUGAGUCAUUCCAACCAGACUCAGGUCAAAUCCAAUAAGGGUCAGGGAAGAGUUGUUGACAUGAGUUAUUGUGUGAACAGCCAUCAGCAACCGGGUUUUAAUCAUCCAUGGGUCAUGAACCGUUAUAAGAAGCCCAUCUAUUCCCUUUCACGGUUCUAUCCUUACAACCAUAGGAUGACAACGGAGAAAGGAGUGACUUAUUAUGUGAAGACAGAAAAGUUUGUUCAGGAGUAUCCACCAAAAAGCAAAGAGCGGGUAGCUAUUGAAAACCGGGUCGAUUAUGAAUACUACACGAUGCUUUCACGACAUUGCAUGAUUCAGUUGCAAAUCCUUCGUUUGGGCUAUAAGCGGGAAACGCCCGUUUGUAAUGCUUUGAAACAGUUUGACGCAAGGGCCACCGGAUUAAUGGUUACUUGAAAGGAUGGAAGCCAUAGAAAACCAUUUACUACAAGGACUAGAAGGUUUGAUUAAUUAUACUUUGGUCAAAAUUAUUGUUUAGUGAUGGUUUCAUUUCCGAUUUUCUCUUCUCCUUUUUAUUUUCUUUGGUUUAAAUUAAGUUACCUUUUGUGAAAC